AUGCUUGGCAACAAGGGUAGCUUCCCCUCGCAACGUGCUAGCAAAAAAUCGGAAGGGACGCGGGAAAACAGACGUUCCAAUUGGUCAGCCAGCAAAAGAAUCGGUGUCACGGGUAUCCUUCCGCCCAAUCGUGCUCUCGGCCGACGGGCCCCAUGGCGUUACAUGCGAUCAAAAACUGGACGUGGCGGUGCUGGGAUAGUCCUUCGAGAUCGCAUCAAAGGCAUUGGUUAG